AGUCAAGUAUGCAUGGGCCGUCUUGAAAAGCAUUAAGCACGCCAACUUAACCCCUCUUUUGGACGACUUUGAAACCAUUCAACAACUACAUCGCGGACGACAUGUUGAGACUAUCGAACAGGGCAGCUUCCACUGCUAGUUGGACGUGGCGGGCGGUAGCCGUCAGGGCCGCAGCCAGUAGUCUGUCGGCCCCGGUGUUAUCCACCACGCGCACACGCUGCGGCUCUAAAACCCCAAUGUCCAUGCGUUAUUCGACAGUCACUGCGGCUUCGAUUCCGACAACAGCAGUACCUGAUAAGCCUCGCGCAGAGGUGUUGAAGAUCGUCAAGGGUCAGGAGUUACGCAUUCCGGACAUCGAGAAGCUGUUCGACGGCUGGCAACGACUCGUGAGCCCUCACAGGAGCUCAGUCACGAACGUCGUCAAUGAAAUCGUGCAAAAGUACGCGGUCUCGCCAAAGAUCAGGCACAGGCUUACGAACAACAACCUGGACCUGCUGGUGGCGACUUGGUUUCCGCUCGCCUCGCCAGAGAGGCUCGCGGAGCUGGCCCAGUUCGUGUGCUGGAUGUUCAUCAUUGAUGACGAGAUUGACAGCAUAAAGCAGGCCAACGUCAGCAUCGAAGAGUUCAAACACCUCUGGAGCGAGGCGCUGCGGGUCAUCAGCGAGAGCUGCGGCUUGCAUGGUCACGAGGUGGGAGCAAAGUUCGAGCCCAGCAAGUACCAGUCAGCCGAGACCUUUCGGCCAUUUGGGGAACUGUUGAUGACCCGGUAUUCAUUUGACCAACGGCAAAGAUUUUGGGACGAAUUGGAAACAACGGCAAAUGCAUAUAUCCAGGAGUACGGAUUUACCAAACUCGACUGGGUACCAGACUAUGAGGCCUAUUGCGCCGGCCGGUACGGAACCUCCUGCAUGGCGCAGAAUCUUUCAAUGUUUGAGUACUCCAAUGAGUCAAACAUCCCACAGGAGCUCAUGGAGUCUCCGGAGCUGAAGUCGCUUUGGAAACAGACGACUGAUCUUCUUUGGAUGUGAGUGCAUGCUUACUUCAGAUACUGUCAUGUCCCGAAGGGCGGCGAAUUAACGCAAGGCCAAGCACCAACGACAUUGUUUCUUUCAAGAAGGAGAUUGUAGGUGGUUCCAGACUGCGUACUUCUGUGUUUGAUUCUGCUGGGCUAA